AUUUAUCAUUCAGUCGGACGCCAGAUGUCAGCUGUUGCUUGAUCAACUUUUCGCUUGGAGUUGCUUUUUCUUGUUCUCUUCGAUUUGAUUUUGACUGCAUUACUAUGACGCGCAAAUGGUCAAACAAGGAGACGAAGCUGUUGCUGCGCCUCUACCUGAAGUACAAGCGAGACUUCCGAGAACGUCACAAGAAGCGAGCAGAGAUCUGGCAACAUGUUGUGAGAGAGUUUGAGCAGCAUGGCUUUAAGGCCAACUACAUAAUGCUGGAUCGCAAGUUUCGCAAUAUGAGCCGCACCUACUUCAACAUCAAGCGUCAGAAAAAAGACGAUGAUCCGAACUGGGAGUACUUUAGCGCCAUGGACGAGAUCUAUUCAGGUACGUUGCCCGAACCGCGUAAUAUAACGAUUACAUACGAGGAGCCGCCCGAGGAGGAAGAGAGCCAGCAGCUCUUUGAGAUCAAAACAGAGCCUGAAGUCAGCUCAUCUGAGAUACUACUGGAUGAGCCUAACUUCGAGGAGUUGGUCUCUAGCCGCAUCAAAGUGGAGCAGCCAGAUAUCGAUAUGGAGAGUAGGAGAUUACUGCAAGCUCUGGAGGCUGAGCGUGUGGAGGAGCUGCGCGCCAUACGAGCCACCUUGGAGGAGUCAAAUGAAAUACAGCGACAACGGAACACCCUGCUGCAAGAGCGAAAUGAGCUGAUGAGGCGCUAUCUUGGCAAUAAUAUUAAAUGUACUAAUCCGCAUCUAUAUAAUUUAGUUAACUAGAUUAGCAUUACUAACAAUGUACUAAUCCGCAUCCAUAUAAUUUAGUUAACUAGAUUAGCAUUACUGAUUGAUUUACCUUCACCGACUACAACUUUAUUUAUUUAUUUUUGUAUGCAUAUUACAUGUAUGUGUAUAUCUGAUUUGUAUUUGUAUAUUAACGAGAAUGAUAUAGGAAUCUCUCUGCUUUAAGGGUGGUUUUUUGUAUCUGACUAU